UUAACUCGUCGAUGUGUGCCAUGGCAGGGUCGUUUGCCAUUGCUUUUUUUCCCUUCAAGUGGAGAAGUAAUUUCUGAGCCACUCGGUGUAGUACUCAUAUUUGCAUCAUGGAACUUCCCAAUCGCACUCUCGUUGGAUCCAUUGAUCGGGGCUAUAUCUGCUGGAAACACGGCGGUUCUGAAACCCUCGGAGCUAGCCCCAGCUUGCUCCUCGUUUCUCGCCGACACCAUUCCUCACUACUUAGAUAGCAGGGCCAUUAAGGUCGUCAGUGGUGGUGCAGAUGUCGGUGACCGAUUGCUUCAGCAGAAGUGGGACAAGAUAUUCUUCACCGGGAGUCCUAGAGUGGGACGCAUUGUGAUGUCGGCUGCUGCGAGGCAUCUAACACCGGUUACUCUUGAGCUCGGCGGAAAAUGCCCCACCAUUCUGGAUACUCUCUCCAGUCCCUCAGAAAUAAAGAUAGCAGUCAAGAGAAUAGUUGGGGCAAAGUGGGGACCGUGUAGCGGACAAGCAUGUAUAAGCACAGAUUAUGUGCUAGUCGAAAGAAAGUUCGCCCCGACUCUGAUUGACUUGCUGAAGCUGACAAUCAAGAAUUUCUAUGGUGAUGAACCUCGAAACUCAAAGAACAUGUGCAAAAUCAUCAAUAAGCACCACUUCGAGAGAUUGCGCAAUCUGAUAGAAGAACCUGCUGUUGCGGCUUCCAUUGUACAUGGCGGUUCAUUGCAUGAAAAAGAGCAGUUCAUUGAGCCAUCAAUUCUGCUGGAUCCUCCUCUUGAUGCUGAGAUAAUGACGGAAGAAAUCUUCGGCCCGUUGCUUCCAAUAAUCACAUUAAACAACAUUCGAGAAAGUGUCGAAUUCAUAAACUCCAGGCCCAAGCCUCUUGUCAUAUAUGCCUUCACGAAGGAUGAGUCGUUCAAGAGGCAACUAGUGUUGGAAACAUCUUCCGGAGGCGUGACAUUCAACGAUACCAUGGUUCAGUUCCUAUGUGAUGAUCUGCCUUUUGGGGGCGUCGGUCAGAGCGGAUUCGGGAGGUACCACGGGAAGUACUCUUUUGAAACUUUCAGCCAUGAAAAAGCCAUCAUGACAAGAGGCUUCUUCCCUGAGAUCGAGCCGAGGUAUCCUCCGUGGAACCGCUUCAAGCUGCGGUUCAUCAGGCACGCUUACGAGUUUGACUACUUCGGCCUGCUGCUUCUGCUGCUCGGAUUGAAAAAGUAACAGAAACGGAUUGCCUAUAUUAGUAAUGCGGUGAAUGGUUUUGCGUCAACUUUUCGCUUUGAAUUUCUAUCUAUAAUAAAGCUCUUCACGAAGAUCAAUUUUCAGGAGAGCAGGCAUGAAUUUCCUUUCGUUCUAGUGAAAGUUUUUGUCGGGCAUGCUAUUGUAGAGUGAAAAACUUUAUCUUGCACUGGCGUCCGAACUGUUAGAUUUUUUGCUC